CAACUAUCUACUAUUAACUGUAUAACCAUGCACGUGUUAAUUGCAUCUUUUACUUUUAUUGCAUUAAUUUUGCAUUCACAAUGUGCGAAUAUAUUGUUUUUUGCAGCAACUCCAAGUCACAGUCACCAGGUGAUGUUUCAACCCGUGAUCAAAGAAUUAUUACUUAGAGGUCACAAAGUCACGUCAAUAACUCCAAACCCCUUUAAGGAUCCUUCUCUAAAAAACUUAACUGAAGUUGAUUUGAGUGUACUAUAUGAACUAUGGAGAAAGGGAAACGAGGCUCAAAAAGCAACGAAAAAAUAUAUACUACAAAAACCAGAUUUCCCAACUGUUUUUUUAAAAGACAGCGUGGCAACAUACAUUUUUCAUAAGUUAGGAAAUUACGUACUAAACAUGCCAGAAAUGCAAACUUUUUUGAAAGAAGACCACAAAUUCGAUGUGGUCAUAGUGGAAUGGCUUUACCCAACAUUUGCUGCACUAGCUGCCAAAUACAAUGCUCCAUUAAUUGGUAUAACUUCUUUGGGAGCGCCCAUACCAGCAUUGGAUACUGUAGGAAACCCAUCGCACCCCGUCUACGCCCCUGACCAUAAUUUACCUAUACCAAACAAUUUGUCAUUUAGAGAUAGAUUGAUGUCAGGUUUAUAUGCCGUGUAUGUUAGAGUAUAUUACCAUUUGAUUGUAUUGCCUAGAGAGGAUGCUCUAGCACGAACAUAUUUAGGUAAAGAUAUUCCAUACCUUGGAGACAUCGAAAGAAAUAUCAGUUUGCUUUUAUUAAACAGAAACCCGGUGUUUCAUAGGGUGAUGCCUGUGGUGCCGGCUAUAGUUGAGCUGGGGUAUACGCGAAACAAUAAAUCGGUUGAAACAAUGGAUUCUGAAUUGCAAGAUUUUAUGGAUAAAUCAAAGAAUGGAGUUGUAUAUUUUAGCUUGGGUUCCAAUGUAGAAGUAUCGGAAUUGCCAGAAGAUAAAUUAAAAGCUAUUUUGAAUACUUUCAAGAAUAUUAAGUAUGACAUUUUAUUAAAAUUUAAUAAGGAUACUUUAUAUAAUAGGCCAAAAAACAUUUUAAUCCGGAAGUGGGUUCCUCAAACAGCCAUAUUAAAGCACAAAAAUACCAAACUUUUUAUAACACAAGGAGGAUUACAGUCCUGUGAUGAAACUAUAAUAAAUCAAGUACCCGUCAUAGCCAUACCAUUCUUUUCUGACCAAACAACAAAUGCUGAUACACUAGCAAAAUAUGGUAUGGGUAAAUACCUGGACUAUGAAGACAUAACUGAAGAAAGAUUAACCGAAUAUAUAAAUGAAGUUAUUUCAAAGCCAAGUUACAAAGAAAAUGCAAUAAUGCUAUCAAAACUCUACACUGACCAACCAACUGACGGUUUGGAAAGAGCCAUCUGGUGGAUAGAAUAUGUAAUAAGGCAUAAAGGAGCUUCCCACUUAAGGUCCCCUUCUAUGGAUCUGCCCUGGUAUCAAUACCUCAUGUUGGACGUAUUGUCUGUUAUUUUUCUAGCUUUGGCUAUUUUAAUUUUUCUUAUAGCUGUAUCUGUUAAAUUAUUUAUUCAUUUGGGUAGGAAAAUGUUAAAAAAAAAGACAAAAAAAGAUUAAAAUAAGUUAUGUAAGAUUGUUAUUUAAAUUAUAUAUUUCGGA